UCCCAAAGAGAAGAGGCAGAAAGUUCGGCACCAGUGUCACCUCAACCUCAGUAUGAAGCUGCUCACGAACAGCAAGAGACAGCUCCACGGUACAACCUUCGCAAACGAAGACCUACCAAUUACGCGGAAGAUAUCGAUGAGCUAGGCGCAUUUGGGCAAGGACCAUCGCGCAAUAUGUUUAUGAUAUCGACGUUUCUGCAGUUAUCCAUAAUUCUUCUUCUCGCUUUAACACUAACUGAGGCGAACUUAGUAGCGAAAGUUCAGUCGUUGCGAUCCAUGAUAUGUAUACCAGGUGGAGUACGGCUCACAUCUGAGUACAGAAAUGCGUACGAAAUUUGUGCAGACCAGUACUGUGUUCACGUUGAAGAACCACAAUACAGUGAGAACAUAUCAUUCCCACCGGAAAUCAUACUACAUGAACACUCAGUACAAUGGAAGUUUACGGACAAUGAAACUGUCGGAUGUUACGUCUUCCUGUACGUUCCAAUAGUUCUCGGUCAUCCAGUAAGAUUCGCUGGCCGCAUAGCUUGGGCAAUAAUCAAAUGGGCGAUUCGCGGUUUUCUAUCCGUGAAGGGUAGACCAAGAAACUUCCCUCGACGGCGUUUGGUAGAAAUUAUUGCAAUAUCAACAACAGUCCUCAAUAUAGGAUUGUCCCAUCAAUGCCAGGAAGUUAAUCUCUUCACUCAUCACUCCAUUAUCUGCGCAGGUGGGCCAGACACCGCCAAAGUAGAAUUGACGCACUUCGAUGACGCAAUUGGAGAACCCACAUUGACUACGAAACUACUUUUACCCAAUGUUCCCGUUCAGUGGAAGGCCUUCACCAUUACUCUCACCAAUAUAGGGUCUCCUCCUAUACCUCUGCUUAACACUCAGUUCAUCACCAAUGGUAAAAGCACAGCUCUUUGGAAAAAUAAUAUCAUUCCACCACUGAGAUGUGCAAAUUUUAGUAACGCAGAGAUCCUAGCAUGUGAUGUAUUUGAAGAUUGCACAUGCUGGCCAGCUGAGAUGACGGCUAAUUGUAAAUGCAGAGACCUUCCAAUAACGGCGUGGUUGAGUAAAAUCAACAAUCUACUACCUGCUACAUUCCCAUCAAUAUCGUUGCGAAUGCAUCCACAGUCGAAAGUGCAGGCAGCAGUUACUAGUAUGGUGACUUCAGAAAUCAUACUGUCAUUCCAAGGCACAUUGAGGACUGAGAUACUAGUGGAAGAUGCGAUAUGUACGGUCACUACAGAGGAACUAAAAGGGUGCUAUAGUUGUUCAAAAGGUAGUUCAGCCAAAGUACUAUGCAAAGCAUCUCGAAACAAAGUCCGGGCUGAAGUUGUUUGUGAUUCUGUAGCAUUUUCAAUACCUUGCAAUAUCACUGGGAUCGCCUCAGUUUUGCGCUUCAGCUUUUCACAAGCACGAAACAACCUUCACUGUUCCGUUUCUUGCGGACAAUUAAGCACCUCAUUCGAAAUAAGUGGCGUUCUUAAGUUUACCGCUUCGGCCCAGGGGAUUGUAGAGCAAUGGCUGAGGGGAGAGUCAAUAUCUAACUCAGAAAGCCCCUGGCCUGAUUUACGACACAUUGCGUCAGUAUUUUUGCAGUGGUACAAAACCCUAGCAGCAGCAAUGGCGGGGUUAAUCAUCACCAUUGCGCUUACCUAUCUAUUCUUGCUUACGUGUGGCUCUAAAAUUUUGGGGUGGAUCCUUCGCACUACGGUAAAAGUUGUCAAUACCAUAAUUAAAUCUACAUUUAUAGGAAUUAAGAAAAUACUGUGCAUUAGGCCCAGAAGGCACAGUAAACAACAC